AAUUUAAACAUUAAACCUAUCGAUAACUCGAUUGUAAGUCAGCUGCAAUCCUUCCUAAAGUGUCAUCCCUAAGAACCAAAUUGAAAUGUUUAUAGUCAAAAAUUUAUAAAUACUCGUAUCUUUUUCAAUGGCAGCCGAUCCGAACAAACCCUCCACUUCGACGCAAGCGGACGAAACGCCACUGUUUCCUCCUGCGAAACCCGGAAAACGAGUGGACUAUGGAACAAACAACACAUUGGAGCUGCUGGAACGAAUACCCAGCCAGGUGGUGAACCUCAAGCUGGACGACGUACUCACGGCGGUCAAGGAGGUGGAUAACCUAUGCGACUAUCCCCGCUGCAAGGCCAAAACGAGCCUGAUGGGCCAGGACUGUCAGCACUGCAAGAAGAGAUACUGCUUUAAGCACGGCUUGCCGGAGGUUCAUGGCUGCGGCGAGGAGAUCAAGCGGGACGAGCGCAAGAAGUUCCUGCAUCCCAAGCCGGCCAAAACUAUCCGCCAAGAGGAGGAUGUGAAGAAUGCCAAGAAGCGACUGGAUGCCAAGUUGAAGGAUAUGCAGGUGGGCCGCAUGCAGAAGGCCACCGGCGGCGGGAGCGGAGGUUCAAAGAAGAAAAAGGGAAAAUAGGGGAUUUCUGAAGUAAAUUAUAGUUCAAAAAGCAUAAUAAAGUUAAAUUACACACACAA